UUUAUGUGUCACCUUUUUUAAUAAAUAAAUAAAUAAAUAAACCCCCCCUAAAUAGGCCAUUACACUUUUCCUCGAAGGAUUUUUUUUUUUCCUAUAUGUUCAUUUGGUUAUUCAUACUUUUUUUUAUUUACGCUAUAUCAUGUCAACAAGUAUAUUACUCAAAAACAAAAUCAAUAGAUACUAUGACUCUUAAAGCCAUGUAUCAUCAUUUCUCUGAAGACAACAUUUUCUUACGAACCAAUCAUUCAUCUCUUAUGCAUUCAUUCACCAUUCAAUCUCAAUGGGGUAUCACUUAUCCACUUUCUGGAAUAACCCAGGAGAAAGUUUUUGCAUUACGUGCACAAUCUAAGCAUCCUUUCCUACUACGAUUUAAAGAAGGUGACUUACAAAUGCAACCAAAACUUGGAUUGCUACCUAAUGUUACAGAUCGUCAAACGUUACUUGCCUUAGCUGAAAUGAGUUACAAUGCCUAUACUGAGCUUGGUAAUGAUGGAGAUUGGUAUGAAUUAGACACAAAUUAUAAAGUGAAUUCGACAUUUGGAUGGGAAACAGAUGGAUUAAGAGGUCAUGUUUUUGGUAAUGAAGAUGAUUCACAUUUAAUUAUUAGCUUUAAGGGGACAAGCGUAGGAUUGUUUUCUAAAAUGCUUCCUUCUACUGGGAAAGAUAAAAUAAAUGAUAAUAUGCUCUUUUCUUGCUGUUGUGCUGAGGUAAAUAAACGAUGGGCACCUGUCUGUAAUUGCAGCAAUGAACCUUAUCAAUGUGAUAGCCAAUGUUUAGAUAAAGCUUUAGUAGAUACUGAACUAUAUUAUGAUUACGCAGCAAAAAUAUAUAUGGAUGUCGCAAAUAGAUUUCCAGAUGCCACAAUUUGGCUUACAGGACACUCAUUAGGUGGAGCGAUUGCAGCAUUAUUAGGAGAGACAUUUGGCGUUCCAGCUGUGGGUUUUCAAAGUCCUGGAGAUCAAUUAGCAGCACGAAGAUUACAUUUGCCUAGAGCACCUGGGGCAGCUGAUAUGCCUAUUUGGCAUUUUGGACAUACAGCAGAUCCUAUCUUUAUUGGUGUAUGCACAGGUCCUUGGAGCGGUUGUUAUUAUGGUGGAUAUGCAAUGGAAUCAAGAUGUCAUACAGGGAAAGUAUGUGUUUGGGAUACAGUGAAAGACCAUGGAUGGAGAGUGAAUAUAGCGAGUCAUCGUAUUGGAACUAUCAUUGAAAGUAUUCUUAAAAAGCCUGAGGAGUUUCCUUUACCAGAAUGUGUGAUUGAAGAAGAAGACUGUGAGGAUUGUGGAUUAUGGACAUUUACAGACGGUCGUGAUUUGUUAUAGUACAUUUAUAUUUAUAAAAUAUGUAUACAUGUAUAAUAUAUAUACCUGAAUAACGUGUUAUUUACAAAUAUUAUCCAACAUUAAUAUAUAAUAGAAUAAAUAGAAUAAGAGUUUUUUUUUAUAUACAAAAAAAAAAUGGGUAUAAAUAAUCUCAUUA